AUGGACGAGGAAACCGUCCAACCGAUCCCCAACCUCAAGCUGCAGCAGCACCUCUUCCUGCUAGCGCAUCAUUCCAAAAACCUCUCGCAAUCCGCAAUCCAGACCUCGCAGAAGGCUUUGCUCGAAGGUAUCGAGAAGGAUGAAAUGGCACCAUACUACCAGCUGGUCCUGAGCGACGCCUCGCUCAAAGGUCUGUUGAAAGAGGACAAGUCGCUGCUCAAGCAACUCGAGGCCAAGAACAAGGAGGAACUCCAGAAGCUGGAUGAGAAGCAAAAGGAGGUCGAAGAGAACGAGGGCGAGAUGGAGAUCAACGGUGUUUUGCGACAGAGGGCAGCCUACUAUGCAAAGAUUGGCGACAAGGAGCAGUCCUUGGAAGCACACAACCUGGCCGUGUCCAAGGGUGCAGGGCUGGGCUCGAAGCUGGAUCUUACGUUGACAAAGGUGCGAAUCGGACUGUUCUUCGGUGAUACGGAUGUCGUCACCUCAUCGAUUGCCGACGCGAAGAAGCUGGUCGAGGAAGGAGGAGACUGGGAGCGCAGGAACCGACUCAAGGUGUACGAGGGUCUGCACCUGCUCUCGAUCCGCGACUUUAAGGCGGGCGGCCAGCUGUUCCUUGACGCACUCAGCACCUUCACAGCAACCGAACUCAUCGACUACAUCGACUUUAUCACCCUGACGGUCCUCGCCAACGCACUGACGCUCAAGCGAACGGAUCUGAAAAAGAAGAUCAUCGACUCGCCCGAAGUGCUGCAGGUCAUCGACGAGAUCCCACACCUGCGCGCUUUUGUCACGAGCCUCUACGCGUGCGAGUACGGCAACUUCUUCCGUGCACUGGCCGAUGUGGAACAGACGCACAUUCUCACCUCGCGUGCGCUCCACCAGCACGCGCGCUACUACGUUCGCGAGAUGCGCAUCAUCGCCUACUCGCAGCUGCUGGAGAGCUACCAGUCGCUGUCGAUCGACAACAUGGCCACUGCGUUCGGCGUGUCGGGCGACUUUAUCGACAGCGAGCUUUCGAGGUUCAUCUCGUCCGGUCGCCUGCCAGCUGUGAUCGACAAGGUGCACGGGAUUGUGGAAACGCGCCGACCGGAUCACAAGAACGCUCAGUACACCAAGAUCAUCAAGGAAGGCGAUGUUCUGCUCAACUCAUUGCAAAAGCUGUCUCGCACUGCCUUGUAG